GGUUUCAUGACCCAAAACACGCCAAAGCAGAACGAGCACUGCCUGAAGAACUUUGACCUGACGGAAUACCGCCAGGUGCUGAGCCACCUCUCCAUCCAGAUCUACCAGCAGCUCAUUAAGAUAGCAGAGGGCAUACUCCAACCCAUGAUCGUGUCUGCAAUGUUGGAAAAUGAGAGUAUCCAGGGACUCUCCGGUGUCAAACCAAUGGGCUACAGGAAUCGCUCCUCCAGCAUGGCAGAUGGCGACAUGUUCAGCUUAGACGACAUCCUUCGCCAGCUGAACACGUUCCACAGCAUCAUGUGUGACCAGGGUCUGGACCCCGAAAUCGUGCAGCAGGUCUUCAAGCAGCUCUUCUACAUGAUAAAUGCAGUCGCUCUCAACAACCUCCUGCUGAGGAAGGAUGUCUGCUCCUGGAGCACGGGCAUGCAGAUAAGGUUUAACAUAAGCCAGCUGGAGGAAUGGCUGCGUGGGAAGAAUCUGCAACAGAGUGGAGCAGCACAAACUCUGGAGCCUUUGAUUCAGGCAGCACAGCUUCUGCAGCUGAAAAAGAAAACCUCGGAAGACGCCGAGGCCAUCUGCUCCUUGUGCACGUCCCUCACCACCCAGCAGAUUGUAAAGAUACUUAAUCUCUACACUCCUACGAAUGAGUUUGAAGAACGUGUGACAGUAGCUUUCAUACGAGAUAUACAGAUGCACUUGCAAGAGCGAAAUGACCCUCCGCAGCUGCUGUUAGACUUCAAGCACAUGUUCCCAGUUUUGUUCCCCUUCAACCCAUCCUCCAUAACCAUGGACUCAAUUCAUCUCCCUGCUGCUCUCAACUUGGAAUUUCUCAAUAAAGUCUGA